GCCUUUGACCGACAUUCCUGACCGCCCCCUAGGGGCUCUCUCUCUCUCCUGGACCGGUGAAAUACGCUGUUACGACCUUCUAAUUCUCAAUCAUGUCUACGUCCUCGGUCCCUACGUCAACUACCUCUGCUGCUGCCUCCGCUUCUUCGACCGCGGCUGCCUCUAUCUCCAUCCCCGCAAAUCUCAAGAUCGUUGGCAUCAUCCUUGCUGUUACCAGCGGUCUCCUCAUUGGCUCCAGUUUCGUCUUCAAGAAGAAGGGUCUCCUCCGUUCUCAGAAGGGGUUAGUGGCGGGUGAGGGUGUCGCGUACCUUAAGUCGCCACUAUGGUGGACUGGAAUGACUAUGAUGAUUCUCGGCGAACUCUGUAACUUUGCCGCAUAUGCCUUCGUCGAGGCCAUCGUCGUCACACCUAUGGGUGCACUCUCAGUGGUGAUUUGCGCCAUCUUGUCUUCCUUGUUCCUCAAGGAAAAAUUGAGCUUCUUCGGCUGGCUUGGUUGCGGUCUCUGCGUUCUUGGUUCCGUCAUUAUAGCGCUCAAUGGACCACAGGAGGCAUCCGUAGGACAGAUAACCCAGUUCCAGAAGCUGUUCUUGUCUCCUGGGUUCCUGGUGUAUGGAGGCAUUCUCAUCACUGCUGCUCUUGUGAUCAUCUUCUACUUCGCCCCAAAAUAUGGCAAGAAGAGCAUGCUAUGGUACAUCAUGGUGUGCAGUAUGAUAGGUGGCAUCAGCGUCAGCGUCACUACCGGUUUGGGGUCUGCAAUAGUGACCACCGCUAUGGGCGACAACCAGUUCAAGCACUGGUUUAUUUACUUCCUAAUGGUAUUCGUCGCUGUAACAUUAAUCACGGAGGUUUACUAUCUCAAUGUGGCGCUGGCGCUCUUCAAUACUGCUAUGGUCACACCAACAUAUUAUGUGAUCUUCACAUUUUUCUCAAUGGUAACAACCAUCGUGUUGUUCCAAGGACUGCAAGCGCCGGUUGUCCAGAUCAUCACCCUCGUCAUGGGUUUCUUGGUCAUCUGCGUCGGCAUCACGGUGCUACAACUAUCCAAGAUCGACCCUAACCAGAUAAAGAAGCUCGACAGGCGUUCUACGAUGUUGCUACAAGCGGCAAGAACCAGCACCGACGGCGAAGACGAGAAGGACUUGUCCGCCAUCGAGGACCCGGGCAUCGAUGCGUUGCGAGGCAGCUUCGGCACGAUGGGCAGCAUCAUCCGAGCGCGCAGCGCACGCCGGUUGAGCAUGAACAGCCGCGCCUCCGCGUCCAUCCGCUCCCGGUACAGCGCUCAGCCGCCACUCCCAGGUCAGAACAACGACCCACUCGCGGGUCUGAAGCGGCAUCAGCUGUUCGACAACCCCAUGCCGGCUACCCCGGAAGCGGGAGGCGACGGUCUAUCAGAUCGGGGCUCGAUGAUGACCCAUCCAUCAGGACUUGGCUCACCGUUCUCGCAACGGAAGCAGACUAUCAAGUUUGGCGACCAAGACGUCGUACAUUCGUACCACAUACCCGGUACGGGAGACGACUCGGCGACGCACGAACACAGGAACGUGCGGUACAAUAGCGGCAGCGUCCAGGACGACUCGGUCAGUAGCGGUGGCUGGUCCUCUAAAGCCGUAGUCGGGACUAACGGCGAGCAGACGCCGACAACCGGCCGUCAAGUCGUCCACCUUCCCCCCAUCGAGUCGAGGGAGGAGCUCAACGAUAGCUCCGUACCCCGUACCGCACCUCCCGCAUUUGGCGGAAACAGUGCUGAUCCGUUCGACCGCCCAACACUCACCAGCAGCCCCUUCGACGGGCUUCCCUCCACCGCCACAUUGGCGACCUUCCCUUCCGCCACUUCUUCCUCGACGAACUCUUCUGGCGGUCGCCAUGGCCCGACAACACCGACCAAAUCUUCCCGUCUGCCCUUCUUCGGGCGCUCCCCGAGUUCGCGGCAUUACCCGCGGGGCGAAAGCGAGGAGGACCGCGAGGAGAGCAUCAGUCUGUGGAACCGGCCCUCAACAGAGAGCUUGGACGCGUCUGAGACCUCGAGCGAUGCCGAUCUACCAGGAGGCGGGAUUAGGCUGGUCCCUAGCUCGAACUCGAGGGAUCGAUCGGACGUGCUGUAGGCUGGCUAGGACAGGACCUCGUGCUACAAUAUCGCGUUCCGUUACCAUAGCGCACGCUUGUGAUAGGUAUUUUGUGGUAUAGAUGCAGGAGUAGGCUGUACACACUACUCUCGACGGACUUGGACUGCACCUACUUUUUGCGCAUGGUUUCUUCAUCGCUUCCGCUGUCUGUGUUCUGAUAUCUCCUUUUUCGAUAUGUAUGUGUACCGUCGUCGCCGUGAUUCGUGAGUGCGUUAUGCGUUGUAGCCACUCUGUCUCCCUCUCCUCCGCGGAAUUCGCGCAUUUGUAUUUCCCCCUUCACAUGCGCGAAUUCAGCUGGUGAAUAGCC